CUUGACCCUCUGUCCAUUCCCGCCUGCAAAGAGCACACACCAUCAUGACAUCAAAUCAGCCAAAAAAGACCGCCCUCGCCAAUGGGCCGGACAAAAAAAAGCCGGUGAAGAACGCCUCUCCUCAUAAUAAGUUGAAAAAGUCUGUGAAACAGACAAAAGCUACUGCCGUCAAAGUCGUCAUGGCCGCAAAUGACAACACCGUAACAUCCUCCACCGCCGCGAAGGUGGCACCAUCCUCUAACUGGAAGAACCUCUUAUCUACAAUUAAACCUGCUCCUCGUAAAUCAAUACCCACCGCAAAUGCACCAAGGAAACACUCGUACGCAGAGAUGGAGGAAAACGAUAUGGAAGACGGAAAAGAAACAGGAAGUCUACCAGGCGCCAAGGCACGAAAGCUGGAUGUUAGCUCAGAACCCAAGUACGACACCGCCCAACUGUGGUUCGACGACAUAUCAAACGAGGACCUUGAAAAAGUCUAUGGAAAGAAUUCAAAAAAGCACGAAUACGACCCUACAGACACUGGGAAGCACAAGAUCGGAAAAUACGUUGGAAUCGAUUGCGAGAUGGUGGGAGUAGGACCAGAGGGCAUUCAGUCUGCAUUAGCCCGUGUCAGUAUAGUCAACUACUACGGCGUCACGAUUCUUGAUCUCUACGUUCGACCCAUGGAGCGUGUAACGGACUUCCGUACCGAAGUCAGUGGAAUUACCCCAAAACUCCUUGUCAAUGCAGUCGACUUUAAGGAUGCUCAGAAACAGGUAGCGGAUGUCCUCGAGGAUAAGGUCGUGGUCGGACAUGCUGUCCACAACGACUUUAAAGCUCUUUUGCUGGACCACCCUCAACGUUUAAUCCGUGACACUUCAAGAUACCAGCCCUUCCGAGCCUUGGCCAAGGGCAAGUCACCAUCGCUUAAAAAGUUGGCGCUUGAGAUUUUGGGGAUCAGGAUCCAGGACGGAUCACAUUCCAGUGUGGAAGAUGCCCGGAUAGCCAUCUUAUUAUAUAGGAAGCACAAGGAGGCGUGGGACUCGUCCUUGGCUCUUAAAGCUAAGCGGAUGGUCCAGAAAGCAACUAAAAACAAGAAAAAGGCCAUAGCACAAUAGCAUUCUGGACAAUCGCUGUGGAUCCACGAGACUGAA